CCUCAACCCUACCACCACCACAGUUUAACCGGUGUUUUCUGCUGUGGGUCUUUAAGGCUUGGCUGGUGACGUCAGUACCGGAGGCGACGCCGCGAAGAAGGCGGAAGUAGUGGUCGGGGUCACGUGACAGAAACAGUGCCUUUCCCUCCCUCCCCCUCUUCUUCUUGCCCGCGAGCCCCGCUGAGCUGAGGAGGGUGACAGUGGAGAGGUCCCCCCUUCUCCUCCUCCCCCCAGGGUGGGUGACGUUGAGGGGGGGGAGGUUGUAACGGUCUUGGCGCAAGCCGCCACCUCCCCCCCAGAGAGAAGGUGGAGGGGUCGGGAUGGCUGCGGCGGCAACAGCAGCACCGGGAGGGAGCGGGGCGGGGGCAGGAACGCAAGAAGAGGAGGAGCACGAAGUGGUUCGCGUGCGGGUCAAGAAAUGUGAAGGGUUUUUGCAGCCUGAGUUCCGUACUUUCGCAGUGGAUCCGCAGAUCACCUCAUUGGACGUGUUGCAACACAUUCUCAUCAGGGCAUUCGACCUCAAUGGGAAGAAGAAUUUUACCAUCAGCUAUCUGGGCCGAGACAAGCAAGGCCAAGAAUUGUACUUGUCAUUGAUAUCAGACUGGGAUCUGGGCAUGGCCUUUGCUGGAGCCUCCAAGCCUUACUUGCAACUCAAGAUAGACAUCAAGCUCUCGGAGGAUAGCCCCCUGCUAGAAGACUGGGACAUCAUCAGCCCCAAGGAUGUAAUCAGUACCGACCUGCUGCUGGUGGAGAAGCGGUCUCUGGCAGCAGCAGCCCUGCCCUUCACCCAAUCCAUCAUCUUCCAGGUGGGCAGGACACUCUCAAAGGUCCAACAAGCACUCAGCUGGUCCUAUGGUGAGGACGUUAAACCUUUCAAGCCGCCGCUGAGUGACUCAGAGUUCCACACAUAUCUGAACCGCGAAGGGCAGCUGACAAGGCCUGCAGAACUGCGUCUCCGAAUCUUCCACGGUGGAGUUGAGCCCUCACUGCGCAAGGUGGUUUGGAGAUAUUUGCUAAAUGUGUAUCCUGAUGGGUUGACUGGUCAGGAGCGCAUGGAUUACAUGAAGCAGAAGACACGUGAGUACGAGCAGUUGAAGGGGGAAUGGGAAGCACGAGCCAGCCCUGAGGACUUGGAUUUUAUUCGCAGCAACGUGCUUAAGGAUGUUCUGCGAACAGAUCGUACUCAUCCGUACUACGCAGGCUCAGAUGAUAAUCCCCACUUGACAGCCCUGCAUGACCUCUUGACCACCUAUGCCGUCACACACCCACAAAUCUCCUAUUGUCAAGGCAUGAGCGACAUUGCCUCCCCUAUUCUGGCUGUAAUGGACAAUGAAGCUCAUGCCUUCAUCUGCUUCUGUGGCAUCAUGAAACGUCUGGAGGGCAAUUUCCAGGUGGAUGGUGAAGUCAUGUCGGUUAAGUUCUCCCACCUCAAGCUUCUCCUCCACCACUCAGACCCAGCGUUCUAUUCCUACCUUCUCUCUUGGGGUGCUGACGACCUCUUCUUCUGCUAUCGCUGGCUGUUGCUGGAACUUAAGCGUGAAUUUGCCUUUGAGGAUGCCUUGCGCAUGCUGGAGGUCACUUGGAGCUCCUUUCCUCCCGACCCUCCUGAGAAGGAAGUAGAGUUGGUGGGCCCGCCGGCCAGGCCUGGAGACAGCAGCCAGCCAGUUCGAAGGAGACACAUGUUGCGUCCAGCUUGCAGUUUUGAGGCAGCUGGGGACCAGCCCUGCCAGGGAGCAGUUUCUGAGGAAAAGAUGCUAGUGAAACAAUCUAGGUUUGGGGAGUUCAAGUAUUAUAGCACUCAUAAUGAGGACAGUUCAGAAGAUGACCCAUCACCCAGAUCUCAGCGCUCAGUCGAGGAGGAUGAGGACUGCUGCAGUGAGCAGGAUCCUUUAAUCCACACAACUAGUGUGGCCAAAUCCUUCUCUGCUCCAUCCCUCCGGGCCUUGACCCCGCCCUCUCAAGACUCUGCCUCCUCCUCAACCAAUGGCAAUGAGGAAAGCCAGUCAGAGGAAGAGAAAGGAAUCGCAGUGGUUCACACGCCUUCUUCUCCCUCCCAUGGACUUGCUGCUUCUACUCCUGCUGCUGCAGUUAGCCUCCCGCCUCCACAGGAGUUUGGCAAAGGCAACCCAUUUGUGCUCUUCCUGUGCCUGGCCAUCCUCCUUGAGCACCGUGACCAUAUCAUCAAGAACAAUAUGGACUACAACGAGCUGGCCAUGCAUUUUGACCGCUUGGUCCGUCGUCACAACCUGAACAAGAUUCUUCACCGCGCCAAGGCCCUCUUUGCCAACUACCUACAUUCUGAAGUCUGGGACUCUGAAGAGGGUGAUGAGGCAGCGGCUGAAUCUCCUGCAGCAUUGUGACCCCCUUUUCUCUUGACAUGCAGGGACUGGUUCCCUGCUGCCAUUAUGGUGCAAGCAUUGAUGUGGAAAGGUGGACAACGAGUAAUUUGGCUUGAUCUCAGCUCUAUAGUAAUCUUCUUGGGAAGUGGUCUGGAGCAGCUAAGUUGGAUUGUUCUACUCAAUACACCUUCUGUGUCAAAUGUACUGUUUUUAACUUAUCUCUUUGUGCAAAUAUCUUGGCACCAGAUGUACCAUCCAUCUCCUGUGCCUACUACCCUUCCAAGUGCUAGUGAUCUCCCUAGGAAGAUCUACCCUGGAGCAUCCAGGUUCUAUACUUUGUUAGCCCUUUUACUUCUUCCUCCUCAAAAUUUGCCUACCCAACCACUAGUCCUCCUUAGAAUGUUGGUCACUAAGCAACCAAGCAACUAAGCAACCAAGAUUCAUUUCUUAUCUUUCUGGAAUGAUCUCUUCUGUUCUGAGCAGGUUUGCCAAAAGCAUAUUUUAAUGCUGAAUCUUGAAAUGACUUUAUUUCCUCUAUAGUGCGGCAGUGUGUACUUGGCAAAAGCCAGCACAUUUGCCCUUCUGCAAAAAUUUGCCUUUUAUGCUGAGUUAUUUAUAUGUUUUGGCCCGUUGGGGUAUUUUUAAAGCACUUUAUUUUAUCUAGGAUUGUUUUUGUUUGUUCUUUCCUCUAGUACUGCCUUUCUGUUUUAGCUUGUAAACGCUUUUUAAAAACUGAACCCGCAGCCUUCAAAAAAACAUGCUGGGUGUGUUUAAAAGUGGACUGGUAACACCCCAUUGCCUUUACUGGCCAAUUUUUAAGCCAAGCAGGUUCUCUUUUUAAAUUGGUUCUCUUUUUUAAAUCUCAAAGGUCUUUUCUGAAUUGUUUACUCAAGGGGAGUCAACAGUCUAGUAAAAGUGAAUGGAGUCUUUAUACCACAGUGUCCUUAUAGAUCUUGCUCUUGGGUAAGUAAUAGCUUGUGUCUAGCUCACACAACUUCUAACUGGCAAUCUCCCCAGCCAUUGUCUAGUCAGGUGGGUUAUGUUUUCAGUCUCUUUAGCUGGUCUCCCUAUUUACACACAGGUGCUUGGCCAGGUUGCCAAAUUCUUACAAUGACUUCUCUAUCCAUUUUUAGCUUGCAGGGCAGGAUCGCACUGGAAUGUGUAGCAACAGAUUCUGUAUCACAUAGGCAAAGAGAACUCAAGUUGCUUCUAGUCUUACGCAUUAAUCUGAUGUCAAAUAGUAGCAAAUGGUAAUGUACAGCAAUUGGCCUCUUAAUAGAGAAAAAGUGUUUUGAUUUCUUGAA